AUGGAGCAAGAUUCUAUUGUAGAAUUUUUAGGAGAAACGUUGGUGUCGAAAUCGGGUGAGAUCGUACAAACUCGUUCAUUGUACGAAAAAAAUGAGUUUAUUGGAUUGUACUAUUCUGCACACUGGUGCCCAUCCUGCAUUGCUUUUACUCCUGAACUCGUCUUGUUUUACAGAAAUUUUAAUAAGUCCGGCAAGAAAGGCUUAUUUGAAAUAAUUUACAUCAGUUCAGACUAUACUGAAAAGCAAUAUAAGGAUCAUAUGAACUCGAUGCCAUGGCUUUCUCUUCCCUUUUCAGACAGACAACGUCCAAUGGAUCUUGCACGAAAAUAUCGUGUGCAGAGCAUUCCAGCUCUUGUUAUCAUUGAAGCUAAUUCAGGGAAACUGAUAACUUCAUUUGGUCGUGCUUGUGUUAUGGAUGAUCCUCUUGGCCUUUGUUUUCCAUGGAAGAUGAGACAUUCAACAGAAGUUCUUACUGAAAUUUCUCUGAUAUCUGCAACUAAUGGAAGAGUGUCAUUUGAUACCAUUUCAGAUAGCAUCAAAGGCCUUUACUUCUCAGCUCACUGGUGCCCUCCUUGUAAAGCUUUUACUCCCAUUUUAGUCAAAUUGUACAAAAAACUUAAAAAAGCUGGCAAGAAAUUUGAAAUUAUUUUUGUGAGUUCUGAUCGCAGUGAACAAUCUUUUAAGCAGUAUUUUUCUACAAUGCCUUGGCUUGCUGUGCCUUUUUCAGAGGAGAAAAAAAGGAAAGAAUUGGGUUAUGUCUACGGUGUUGGAGGUAUACCUAGCCUUAUCUUACUUGAUGAAAGCAACUUUGUUAUAACAAAGGAAGGUCGGCUGGAAGUAAAUGAAGAUCCUGAUGGAGAAGAUUUUCCUUGGAAGCCGAAACUGGUUGAUGAACUUGCAGAAAAGCACUUUUCCAAAUUGAAUGAAGAACCAUGCCUCAUCUUUUUUACAUCAUGCGAAGAGAAAGAAAUGGAAUUAGCUCACUUUGCCUUGUUGCCAGUUGCUGAAGAAUAUGAAGCAAGAUUGAAGCGGGCUUCAAUUGAAGAAAAUCCUAUACCAAAAUUAAAUUUUUUCUAUGCUGGAGAUGCUGAAAUUUGUGAUUCCGUUCGAGACAUAAUCGGAUUUGGCGAUGAGUCUCCAUUUCUAGUCAUUUUGGACAUAGCCAAUAGUAAGAAAUACAUUCAUGAUAAAAAAGACGCUAUAUCCUCUGAGACCAUCGGAAAAUUUGUUAGAGAUUUCCUCUCACAAAAACUGAUGCCAUGUGUUAUUGGCAAUUAA